CUGCUUGUGGAGCAUGGGUACAACUGCCAGUGCCGCGCCACAGCCUGUUUCCGUAGCGUCGCCACUUGAGAGUGUCCAUGUCAACGGGAUGGCCGACAGCAGGCAGUCUCUUAGCAUGAGCCCCUUUCAGACAGUCAACAUCCACAACAACAAGGCCAAGUCCAUUAUCACCAACAAAGUCGCACCUGUCGUCAUCACGUAUAAUUGCAGACAGGAAUUUCAGAUCCACGAUGACAUCCUCAAGACGAACUACAAAGUCGGUCGGAUAUCGGACGCCAUGCCCGAGCACUACCUGGUGCAGGGGGAGUACUUCAUGGUCCAGGAUGUGUACAGCAAGGCAGAUGUCCUCAACACCACGGGAAGCUAUGGAGCGCCCAACUUCCGCCAAAUCAAGGGGUCCUACCCGCUGUAUGGGAUGGGCCAGCCGAGCCUAAACGGCUUCAGACAGGUUCUCCAGAGGCUCCAGGCGCAAGGACACGAGGAGGUGAUAUUCUUCUGUGUGAGAGAGGAGCCGGUGGUUUUCCUCCACAAGGACGAUGACUUCGUUCCGUACACCCCGAGGAGGAAGGAAAACCUCCACGAGAACCUUCAUGGCCUGGAAAAGGAGGAGCUGGUGGAGAGCCUGGAGCUCACAGUCAGGAAGGAGCUCCACGACUUCGCCAAGCUCAACGAAAACGUCUUCUACAUCUACAACGACAUUGAGUUCUUCAAAGACGAGCCGCAGAAGAUCUCCAUCACGUGCGAGGAGGACAUCCAUGUGACCGAGGAGGUCUAUAAGAGGCCCAUGUUCACCAUGCCGGCCUACAGGUACUACAGAUUACCACUGCCGAUGGAGGGAGCGCCGUUGGAAGAAGACUUUGAUGCGUUUGUUAACAUACUCAGGGAAAGCACAAGCUUGUCUCGGGGCCACGAUGCGUCCCGCCCGCUGCCCGCUCUCCUCUUCAGCUGCCAGGUGGGUGUCGGCCGCACCAACCUCGCCAUGAUCCUGGGCACGCUGGUCAUGAACCGUCUGAGGGGAGAUUCACAGCCAGAGCCUCAAGUGGAGGAGGCAGCAGCAUCUGAGCCCAGACCUGUGUUCCGGGUCAUCCAGUCUCUGAUCAACAAGCUGCCUAAUGGACCGCAGAUCAUGGAGGAGGUUGACCAGGCAAUCGCCCUGUGUUCCGAAAUGCACGACAUAAAAGAAGCAAUAUAUGAGAACAAGAGUAAGCUGGAAGGGAUCGGAGAAGAUUAUCAAAUUCAGGGAAACAGUACCAAAGACUACUUUCUCAACAGAACCAUGCAGAGCUUGGAGCGCUACUUCUACUUGAUUGUAUUUAAUGCAUACCUUCACGAACAGUAUCCUCUUGCCUUCGUGUCCAACUUCAGCCAGUGGAUGUGCUGCCACGCGGGCCUGUACAGGCUGCUUGCCCGCAUGGACCUGUCGGAGCUGUCGGCGCCGGCCGAGCUGGUCACCAGAGGAGCUCGCGUCCUGGUUGCUGAUGAGUGCCUGGCUCUGGAUGUCCUCAGCACAGUGAAGGAGAUGAAGGCGGUCAACUUCAGACGAGUGCCCAAGAUGCCGAUAUAUGGAGUGGCUCAGCCGACGUCAGAGGCGACCGGCGCAGUUUUGGCCCACCUGACGGAUGAGAAGAGGAAGCACAGCCACGUGCUGUGGGUCAACCUGCAGGAGGAGCUGGUGCUGGAAGGGAACGGCCAGAUUUUUACGCCGAGGGAGCCGUCGUGCCCGGACCAGCACAUUCCCAUCCCGUCGUCUGACCCGCAGGUCAUAGAGAAACUGGAGACGUCUCUGAAGGAGGAGAUCCUGCGAGCUCAGAAGUGGCUGGAGGUGACGCUGGAGCAGGAGAAACAGAUGAAGAUGUUCAAGAGCUGCCUGACGGUGCAGGAGAUCUUCAACCAGCACAAGAGCUCCCACCAGGGCCUCGUCUACAAACGCAUCCCCCUGCCCGACUGCUGUGCGCCCAGGGAGGAGGAGUUCGAUAAGCUGUUGGAGGCCACGAAGGGUGCGCUGGCCGAAGACUCGCGCUCAGCCUUCGUUUUCAACUGCUCCAACGGCAAAGGCAGGACGACGACCGCCAUGGUCGCGUCGAUCCUGACCCUCUGGCACUUCAACGGUUUCCCAGAGUUUGCAGACGACGAGAUUGUGAGCGUUCCCGACGCCAAGUACACGAAAGGGGAAUUUGAGGUCGUCAUGCAGCUGGUGCGCCUGCUCCCCGACGGCCACCGGAUGAAGAGGGAGGUGGACAUGGCCCUGGACUCCGUCAGCGAGACCAUGACCCCCAUGCACUACCACCUGAGAGAGGUCAUCAUCUCCACAUACAGACAGAUCAAAAGUGGCAAGACGGAGAGGGAGUGCCAGCAGCUGCUGCUGAGGAGCCUGCAGUACCUGGAGCGCUACAUGUACCUCAUCCUCUUCAACACAUACCUGCACUUAGAGAAGAAGAACUCCUGGCAGCGCUCCUUCACUCUGUGGAUGGAACAGGUGGCUGCCAGAGCCGGAGUUUAUGACAUCCUCAACCAGCUGGGCUUCUCCGAGUUCGAGAACCCGAGGGACACGCCGCUGGCCAGGCUGCGCUGCCGCUGGCAACGGAAAAACAUUCAGUCACUUCCUUUUCGCGGGGAGUUCAUCUGAGAGAGAGGAUCACUGUGAAACGCACCACGCCAGUACUGUGCUUUUCAGAAUAAAAGACAUUUAACAUUAACAAUGUUGCGCCUUCCAUAUUUACUCCUGUAUUAUGCAUCACUUCACUUCGAUUGUUUGUGUUACUGCUUCUUCUUCUUCUUUUUUUUUUAACUCACUGCCGAUGUUGGCCUUUUGUCGUGUUACAGUGUCGAGUCUUAGCAGAAUGUUGCUCCUAUAUUAGAAGUUGAUAUUUGUGCCUUUUGCAUUUUUUUUUUUUUUUUAUCAAUUGUAGAACAUAGAAAUUCAAUGUACUAAUAUUUAUGUCACUUUUUUUUUUAGAAUCAGCUGUCUUUUAAGUUACGAGCUUUUGAAGACAAGCUUUUAUGACUUCUGUUGGAAUAAGAUGGGAGUUAAGUGUUGUUGUUGAGGAGAGAGGCAAAUUCCACUGUGUUGUCAGCCAACAAUUAUGGUUGUAUGUCACAACUGUUUGCUGUCGUGUGACCUGAUAUUUUCCUUGAGCCUUUUUUUUUUUCUUUCUCUUGUGGGCACAGCUGUCAUCAGUGGCUUUGCGUUCAUCCGACUUGCUUUUUUUACUUUUUUUUCUUUUUUUUUUAAAGAAGCUUCCCUGUGUACAUAUGAAAGCUGUUUUUAUUUAAAUGUUAAUGUCUUUUCUAAAGCUUGUCAGAGAGGUUUGUUCUGGAGAGGAGAUGGUUUCUGUCAGAGUUUCUUUUGCUUUCCGUAUAACGGCAGUCAUCUGUUGUACUUGUUUCUUUCUUUUUUUUUUACAUUUAUUCACAUGGCUCAUGAUACAGGUACUAACAGUACAGCAUGCCAGUUUUUAUGCUAGUUUGAUUUUACUUUAAAAGCUGUUAAUGUGUCCUUUUUACUUGUUGAAACAAUAUCUCACUUCUUAAAAACAUCCUGGUCCGGCUGCACCAGUUAUCAUACCGCGAAAGGGGUUAAAAACAUUGAGUCGUUUAAUUUUUUUUUUAUAAAUUCACAAUGGUGUUGGUGUUGGUGCAAAGCCCAGGCUGCAGUGGCAGCUCUCGGUGCAAAAGUGUCAGCGGGGAAUUGAGGCGAGCCCUGGCUUUAAAAUGUCCCAAAUCUUCUCAAAAGAAAUGGUAGAUAGCUGCUAGCAUGUUUAUAUUCGUCCUGUUAUGGACUAAGUUAGGCUAACCAGCCAUUUUCCAGGGAUAGGAUGCUAGCGUGGAGGUUCUUGUGUUUUCUGUAGAUGUGAAGAAUACAAACAUUGACCUAUUAAUGCAGCGGCCAUUUUGCUCUGACAUCACACUCGGUUUGGCGCGUUAUGCUAGCAGUGGCUAAUGUAGCCUUGUUUUACUAGCCUAAAGCAGAGAGAACGAGCUAGCUCCAGCGGUCUGGUUAGCUCACUUCUUUGUAAUUGCAGCCACAGAUUGUUGAUUGUAUGAUUUUUACAUUUUCACACAAGUCAUCAGAAUUUACUCUGAGACUGAGACCUGUAAAGUGAAGAAUAACUAUACCUUUUAAUAACAUGGUGGCUUAUUGUCUAGUGUACCUACACAUUCAGGAUACAUUUUCACUGUACAGUAUUUCUUUUAAAAUCUCACUUAUCUUUGUUUGAUUAUUUGUGUUAAUCUUUAAUUUGCCAAUAUGCUCUCAGUUGUAAAGUAACUCCAGGUGUGCUUUAAAAACCAUGAAACCUGCCUUAAAACCAGAAUGAUAAGCCAGAAAAAGUCCAGAUGCCUGUCAUUAAGUAUUGUCUCUGUACUGCAUGUAAUCAAUUCAGACUAGUUGAGCAGAAAGGUAAUGAUGAUUGAUGAUGAUGAAUUUUAUAAACCCAUCUUUGUGUGACUUGAUAAUACGAGUACACAAUAACACCCUAAUGUCUUAGCUAUGGUUUUAAUUUAAUGGUUUAUCUUCAUAGAAGCAAUGCAUUACCCUUUAUUCACUGUAUGUGCCACUUAUUUCUUCUUUGGGGGCUAAAAUAAAUAAUUCAGAAAAGA